AUGCUUGAACGAGAUCUCCUUCAACGGGUUGUCUCUUCCGUCGGAAGCCUCCUUGAGAUUAUUCCUAUUCCCCCCUCGAAACUCUGCUCCAAGCCACCUCUACCGUCAUCUCUGCCUAUUCCUCCUCUCCGGCUCACCAAGUUCAAUUCGCAGCUAGCCGCCGAAUUGACAGACAAGGGCGUUCAUCCAAAGAUUUGUCAUGCCACCAUGUCGAAAGCGGUCGAGUUGAUGCAAGCUUACGAAGAGUCGUACCGAUCAAUCUCGAGAGACAUCCUUGCCAGAACAUCACAAAGUCAAGCGUCAACCACCUUGGAAGGCCUGCGCCGAACCUUUGAAUCCUUAUACGAGAAGAGAGAUCUUCCUAAAUUUCUUCAUGGUGCACUCAAGCGGUUGCCUCAAACCAGCGUACCUAUCCCCCCUCAAGCCCUCCUGAAAGACCGGAAAGCGUUCAAUCAUCAAUAUACUCCUUUGUUGGAACAGUAUUUCGAAAAGAACGCUUACCCGUCUCUACAAGAUCGACUCAGCUUGGCCCGAAAGACGAUGAUGUCUCCAAGGCAAAUUGAAGUUUGGUUCCAAAACCAUCGCAACCGUGCCAAAAAGGAAGGAAGGAAGCUAGUCAAGGCGCUAUCGACCGCUACAUUCCCUGAACCAGCCCCGCAGUCGGUUACCACACAUAUCCAGGAUGAAGAAAUAUCGAUUCCAACGCAACACCUCAAUGAUGACCACCAUGAAGACGAACCUGGAAUCGGCGUUGGGCCCACCACAUGCCCCUUCUCUCAGGUAGCACCUCCACACGCAUUCCCUCGACCCUUCCGUGGUGGAAAGGAACUGCACAUGCCAUCCGAAACUAGCAUUUUCAAGCCUUCUCCAUCCUGGAGGCGCACUCCCGCCAAACCUACCGAGCGGCCCCCUCUUCAGCCUGCCGCCGUUGAUGAACUAGAGCGCCUGUUUGCAACGCAGCUGAUCCUGCGCGAGACUUCCUUCAAAGGGCGCAGCAAGAAACAAGAGCGAAGAACCUGUCUGGAAUCCGCCUUUUGGUUUUCCUCGAGAAUUACCAUCCCAUCUGUUGCCCCUCACCCCGCCUUAGUCCGAAAAUCCCAUCUCACGCAAAGCUCUCUUCAUUCCCCUAGUGGGCUUUCAAGUCCACUGCCUUAUUCUUUGUCGGCUGAUCUCUUUUCACCCUCAGUACCCCCCUCCCAUGUCUCAGGACGGAAGCACCCACCAUUUCCCAAACGGAAGCCAUCACCGCUGACAUCACCAUACACGAGAUAUUCCUCGUCUUCCUCCGCCUCCUCCUUCGCCUCCUCCACCGCCUCCACCACCACCACCACCUCCUCUUGUUCUUCCUUCACUUCCUCCGCUUCUUGGGAGAGCUGCAGUUCCAGAGUAACAUCCUGGAAUUCCGUAGCAUCUUCGCAGGCUGGAAUUACCUCAGCAUCUGGUGUUUCACCUGAAAUACUGACACCACCCCACCAAGAUUGUGUGUCUGGAGUUGACGAUGCGUUGUUCUCCUUGGUGGAUUAUCAAUUCCUUGACCGCCUUUUUGGCACCGAACCAAGUGUAUUCCCUUUCAAUCUCUCAUCUUAUGGUCUUGGUGAUAUUAGUACUACAUUAACGCCUGCUCAUGCUGUUUUCAAUCCCGAAUCCCCUCUAACGUCAUUCCUCCCUACAAAUUAUAUUCAAGGCCAUUCAUGA